AAAGGGUGCGUAAAGAUAUUGAUAUUCUUAACGUAACACUUAGUUUCUAAUAACCUUUAUGAAAAGAGCUACCUACUUCCAAGAAAAAAAUAUAUUUUCUAAAAAUCGAAAUGGCCUGCAAAAAGAAGACCAAGCUGUGGGAAUCAAUGACCAAGGAUGAAUUGAAGACCACCACACAGGCAAUGCUCGAGGAGGGCGCCAAGGGGUUAAGGACGAUUUCUACGCAGGAGAAAAAGCUGGUCAACUUUCAGUCGUUCAACAUGGAUGAUCCCCGCUAUGGAACAGUCGAUAUCGAGGACAAUUUGGAACCCCCAAUGUUGUCGAGCUACACACGACAAUAUUCUCAACCAUAUCCAAAUCGCUGUAAGCCACUCACUCCGAAAACCGAAACACCCGAUCCGGUAUUCAAUCGCAAGCCCAAAAACGAUUUUGAGUUCACCACUGGCCUGGAUUUUAAGUUUCUUGAUGAUCACAUGCACAAUCUGUCUGAAACUCGCAAAAAAGUCAACUUCUUUAGGCAAUUGAGAAAUCAAUCAUUCCUUCUGUAUUAACAUGCUAUAUUUCCAGUUACAAUGUCGAAAUAAAAAGUCUUGAUUAAUGUGA